CCCGCUCCUCCUCCUCCUCUUCCUAGGCUCCUCCGCGCCGCUGCCGGCCCGCUGCGCGCUCUGCUCUUCCAGCUCCGCGGACCGCAGCAGCCAUGGCCGACAUCAAGACCGGCAUCUUCGCCAAGAACGUGCAGAAGCGGCUCAACCGCGCGCAGGAAAAGGUCCUCCAGAAGCUGGGAAAAGCUGAUGAAACAAAAGAUGAGCAGUUUGAAGAAUAUGUCCAGAACUUCAAAAGGCAAGAGGCAGAGGGUACCAGACUUCAGCGAGAACUCCGAGGAUAUUUAGCAGCAAUCAAAGGCAUGCAGGAGGCCUCAAUGAAGCUCACCGAGUCACUUCAUGAAGUCUACGAGCCAGAUUGGUAUGGACGGGAAGAUGUGAAGAUGGUUGGUGAGAAAUGUGAUGUGCUGUGGGAAGAUUUCCAUCAAAAACUAGUGGAUGGGUCCUUGCUGACACUGGACACCUACCUGGGCCAAUUUCCUGACAUAAAGAAUCGCAUCGCUAAGCGCAGCAGGAAGCUCGUGGAUUAUGACAGUGCUCGCCAUCACUUGGAGGCUCUGCAGAGUUCCAAACGGAAGGAUGAGAGUCGGAUCUCCAAGGCAGAAGAGGAGUUUCAGAAAGCUCAGAAAGUGUUUGAAGAGUUCAACGUUGACUUACAAGAAGAGUUACCAUCAUUAUGGUCAAGCAUGGCGUCCUUGGAGCGAGUGCGUUGUUUGUAUGGUGCUGCUGAAACUAUUGUCAUCGGGCCCUGCUGUUUGGUCCAGCUAGUAAGAUCGACGAUUCGACGAGGCGUCGUGUGCUACGGAUUUCCUGUUGAUGAGGGAUUUCUUUGCCACAAGCUCUAUGAAGUGAUGACGAAACUUGGUGAUCAGCACGCUGACAAGGCCUUCAGCAUUCAAGGAGCUCCCAGUUUAAUUUUUGACAUUCUGCUGCAGAGCCAAAGGGGUGGUGAGUUAGCUUCUGUGGGAAUCUCUAGUCUAGAGCAUGAGAUCGGGCUGUUCCAAUGUGUUCAACUAGGUGUCCUGAGAGUGUUCCGCCAAGCUUUCGAUGUACUGGAACAUCGGUAUCAGAUGUCGUCGAUAUGCGGUCGUCCUGCCGUUGGGUCAGAGCGGAGUGGUGUGAUCGGAUCCGUCAGGGUGGUCAGCGUUGUGCGGGUCGCUGUUUCGUUCAUGGUAUGUUCUCAGAAGGUUCGUGGAUCGCUGUUUGGGCACUUUCGUUGUCCCUGUAGUUUGUGUGGUGUGCUGCGUGGUUGGUACGGUCGUAGUGGAGGCGAGGUCUGGGGGUUUGGCGGCGCCGGAUGUGAGAUGCAGAAUGAAGUCUUGGAGGUGAAGAAGGAGGAGACUUUGCUGGAUCUGGACUUUGACCCUUUCAAGCCUGAUGUGGCUCCUGCAGGUUCUGCUACAGCAACCCACUCACCCAUGUCUCAGACAUUGCCCUGGGACUUAUGGACGACAAGCACUGAUUUGGUACAACCGGCUUCUGGAGGUUCAUUUAAUGGCUUCACCCAGCCCCAGGACACUUCCUUAUUCACCAUGCAGGCAGAUCAGAAUAUGGUAGGUGGCUUGGCUGAAACUGAACAGGCUCUAUCCAUAGAGCCCCAAGCAGAGGAGCCUCCUGCCGCCACUGCUGCACCUGCUGCCGGGCUGGACCUUGGACUGGAGAUGGAGGAGCCAAAGGAGGAAGCAGUGAUCCCUCCUGGAGCUGAUGCCGACGAGACUGUGGGAACUACAGUGCCAACCGAAGGAGUCUCCGCGGAAGAGGCAGAGGCAGAGAAGGCGGCCCUCCCUGCUGCUGAAGGAGAAAGUCUCGAGGGAGCCAAAAUCGACGCUGAAAGCGCUGAGGUUGCCAGCAGUGAGAGCCCUCCACCAGCGGAGACCGAAGGGGCUGCUCCUCAGGAGAAGGUCAUCCCUUCUGUUGUCAUCGAGCCAGCCUCCAACCAUGAAGGGGAAGGAGAACACCAUGAAAUCACUGUAGGUGCCGAAACAAGAGAGGCCACCGAGGCUGGUGACACCCCACAGGAACAGGCUGCAGAGGCCACGCCUCUGGAUUCUCAGGCUGCACCAUCAGGUGCUGUGGAUUCCUCAGUGUCUGCAGAGGAUGCUGCUCAGGAAGUGCCUCCUGGCUUUCUCUACAAGGUGGAAACCCUGCAUGAUUUCGAGGCAGCGAAUUCUGAUGAACUUAACCUGCAAAGGGGUGAUGUGGUGCUCGUGGUCCCCUCAGACUCAGAAGCUGACCAGGACGCAGGCUGGUUGGUGGGGGUGAAGGAGUCAGACUGGCUUCAGUACAGAGACCUGGCCACUUACAAAGGCCUCUUUCCAGAGAACUUCACCCGGCGCCUGGAGUAGGGCUGCAGAUGUUGCAAAAGAGUCACAUGACUGGGUUUUAAACCUUCAUGAAAUGCGGAGGAGUUCACUUUUGCUACUACCCUCAUAAUGAUUGACAGACUGGUGCCAGAUGAGGCUUGGGAAGACAGAUCAAUAGAGCAUGUAUGCAAAAACCGUAAGAAGAGGGGGAAAUAGCAAAUUAAGGAACAAGUCCUUAUUUUGUUCCCUAUGUUCAAUAGAGGUCUAUGUGUACUUCGUCUAACUGUGGACACUGGUACUUGAUUCCCCUCCCCCAAGGCUAAAGUAGCUUUCUCCAGACCAGACUCUGACUUCUUUGCAUCAAGUUGUGAUGUCGAGUGGCUGCCUUGCAGUUGUGAUGAGUUAUCCUGUAGUGAGACAUCAUCUUACUCCCUUGCCCCACGUGAGCACUUGCUCGCUUUCCCUUUCAAGUUUACUGUGUUUCAAACUAAACAGCUGCAAACGUUCUUAACAGUCUUUUCCAGUCACUGCUCUACACAUACGUAUGGACAUACAGUCCCACAAGCUAAUUCCCAUGCCUGCUGGACCUAUGUGUAUGCAGAUGGCCACAUAUGCAUAGCUGACUCCUCCCCCUUCCACUGUAGCUCUCCGCCUCUCUAAGUGUCAUUGAUACACGCAUUGCUCUUAUUCCGUCUGGCAUUACAGCUGCAGUUUUGCCUCAAGGCAAAACCACUCAUCCCAUUGCCAAAACAGCUGACAGUGUCUCUGUGUGUUGUGUGAUGUUUUCAGGAUGAUAUUAACAGAUAGCACGUCCAUGCUGCUGCCCCUUUGGAGAGAGUAGGGCCUGGUUGUGUAGCUGCUCAGGUGCUGAGGACAGAUAAAAAUUAGAUCUGGACCAGCAACUAUGCAGUCUUCACUUCUGCCUUUAUGCGAUUGGUUGGAUGAGGGGGCAAAAGAACCUAUUUACAAAAGCUCCUAUAUACUUCCACAUUAUAUUUAUGCAACUCAUCUUCACAGAUCUAAAAUGAAAGAGGUGAUGUAUGCUGUAUCACAAACCAUCUGUAACAGUUAUGUUCUCAGUGCUGUGUCAUUCCAAAUAAACCUUUGGUAAUCUCCAAGUUA